AUUGCUUGAGUAACUAUGCAUUUGGCAAGGGUUAAUAAAUUAAAGGUCUGUAUAAGUGGAGCAGCCAUUUUGGGAGCUGGCAGAAUCAGAGUGGGGAGUGGAGGCUUCGGCUCAAAAGAAGCUUCAACAAGAAGAAGCAGAAGCCAUGGAGUCUAGACUUGAAGUGAGAAUGGGAGAUUUUAAAAAGCUUUUCCUUCAGCUGAGCUCAGCGCGAGAUACAUUAAGGGGACUUAAGAAAUUCCUGGAUAGGAAGGAAUGGUUAGCAAUUUAAUCUUAGAGUUGGUUAGAAGAUCAUCACAACAUCAUGGGCCAAAGGUCUGUACUGUGCUGUGGUGUUCUAUGUUCUAUGCUUUUUAACGUGAAUGUUCAAUGAAACAGAUUGAAAUUGAACAAGCAUUUGAAGCAAUAGCUCUUACAUUCGUAAAUAUUUCUUAUGAUGAGAAUGGGGAUUCAUCAACUCCAUUAUGUUAGAUGUGCCCUUUGAAACAUGUCAUAAAGAAGAUGUCUUAAGGACAAUGAUCUAUAGAGAUAUCAUUGAGAAGGUUCAUAUCAGCUCCCUGGGCUUCAAAAUGAAGAAACAUAUUAACUAUGGUCCUUAUGCAUCAGGAUCUUUACCAAUGUAACCACCACUCAGUGACAAACAGGACAGAAAAUGUCCAUGGAAGUAAUUAUGGUCAUGUGCCCAGCAGACCUCUACAGUUUGCUGCAGAAUGCUGAUCUUCUAGUUUUUCAAGCACCUGUAUUUACUGUUAUCUCAACUAGAGCCAUUAAGCCCUCGUUCUUUUUUUUAAUCUUGUCAAGCUAAAUGUGAAUGGCAUAUGUUUCCUACAUUCUAUAAUUAUUUAGAAGGGUCUCUAGUUAUCUCUUUAGCAGAAUUCUACUAUGUUAUGGAGAACAUGGUGUUGCUCAGUUGUCCUUCUGAGGCUCUGUUGAUGUUCCCAUACCUAACUUCUUGUUUCUGUCUCUUUAUGGGCUUCUGACUUUCCUCCGCUCCGGAGUCGAGUCACGAUCCUGCUGUCCGCUGGUCCUCGGUUGAGCCAGUGCCCGUAACCACUGUGAAAGAGAGAGUCAGCAGUUCCUCCACACUUGGGUCCAGUCCUGCGAGCGCACAUUGUGUUUUGUCACUGUCCAGUCUAUUUCACAGAAAAGGAUCGGUGUGAUCAGCUAUUUUCAAGAUGGAUAGUCCUGGAUGGAAAGGCAGAUUGCAGAUUGCAUGUGCUUUUAGCAUUUUCAUCAUGCUGCCUUGUCCAGUCACACAAGGGGCUAAAAUAUUGGUUGUGCCUGUGGAUGGAAGUCAUUGGAUCAAUAUGGAGAUACUAAUAGAAAAACUAAAAGAACAUGGACACAAUAUCAGAGUGCUUUCUUACUCAUCAACUUUGUAUCUAAAAGAAAGACCAGAUCUCUUUGAAAUCAUAACGACUGAAACAGAAAAAUACAUUGAACGAUCUAAUGCUAUUGAAUUGUCUGUGCAAAAUUCAUUGGAAUGCUUGCAAAAUGGUUGGACAACAUGGGGCAAAAUUAAGUUGCAGUUAUCUUCAAGUGCUUUCAUGUAUUAUUUACAUAGCUUGUUUCAGAAUAAAACCAGGGCAAUAUUUGAAAACAAAAACUUGUUAAACCAACUUAAGAAUGCAAAUUUUGAGGUAUUGCUUACAGAUCCUGUUUUAGUUGCUGGUCCAAUGCUUGCCGAUUAUUUAAAAAUCCCGUUGGUGUAUAAUGUUCGAUGGGAUAUUAUUGGAGAAGCUCAUUUUCAUUUUGCCCCAUUGCCACUUUCUUACGUCCCACAUCCAGACACACACUUUACAGACAAAAUGAAUUUUCCCCAAAGAACAGAAAAUAUUGUGCACCAUCUUAUUCAGCUAGUCACCGCAAAAUUAUUUAUAUACCCAAUUCAUAAUGAAAUCUGCCAUCGACAUCUGGGACCAGACACAGACAUCCAAACACUUCUCUUGAGGGCUGAUGUGUUGCUGAUGAGAGUCGAUUUUGUACUUGAAUUCCCAAGACCCACCAUGCCAAAUAUUGUCUACAUUGGAGGCUUCCACUGUAAACCAGCCCGACCACUAGCGGCAGAGUUUGAAGAAUUUGUUCAAAGCUCAGGGAAGCAUGGAAUUAUUGUCAUGUCAUUAGGAUCCAUUAUUGAUUCCUUACCAAAGCAGAUUACAAUGGAAAUAGCUGAGGCAUUCGCUCAAGUACCCCAGAAGGUUAUUUGGAGAUAUGAUGGGGAAAUCCCUCCCAAUAUAGGUAAUAAUACACUACUGAGAAAAUGGAUCCCUCAGAACGACCUUCUGGGUCACCCCAACACACGAGUCUUCAUUUCUCAUGGUGGUACCAAUGGUAUUUAUGAGGCCAUCUACCAUGGGGUACCAGUGAUUGGCAUGCCUCUUCUUUUUGACCAGUUUGACAAUGUAGUCCGACUGGAGGCCCGAGGUGCAGCAAAGAUGCUUAAUGUUGCAACUAUGCCUUCAGCAGAUCUAUUGCAGGCACUUAAUGAGGUGAUAAACGACACAUUUUACCGGGAUAACAUGAAGAAACUCUGUGCUCUCCACCGGGACCAACCAGAGUCGCCAAUGGAGCGAGCCGUUUUCUGGAUUGAGUAUGUUGCCCGACACAAAGGAGCAGGGCAUUUGCGCUCUGAAUCCUACCGACUGCCCUGGUACACUUACUAUUGUGUGGAUGUGAUGGUUUUUCUGUUGUCCAUGUUCCUCAUGCUCACAGUGCUGGUGGUUGUAGCACUGAAGAAACUUUGUCGUAUGGCAUGUAGAAGAAAGCAAAAGACUGAGUGAGGUUACAUUAUCUUGUGUUGGGAUAUAGUGUUUUAUGCUCUUUAUAAUUGAUUGAUCUUUUUUCCCUGAAGUUAAUCCGUGCAACCUUCUUUCCAGAAUUCAUGAAUUUAGCAAAGGGUAUUUUGAGAAUAAAUCAUCAGCAAUAGACACAUUAUAUAAUAGACUUUGUGCUUUGAUAUGCAUAAAAGAAUUGUAACUAGCUGAUCCAUAAUUCACCGGAAAAACAGGGGAUGUAAAAGAGUAAAGCAACCAGAGGUGUAAGAGAAAACAAACUAAUUCAGCUGAUCUAAGAAUAAAGAAAUAUUCUUUGAAAGGUGUUUAAUUUUAAUGAUUCUUCAUGUCUGUCAAAUUAAUUUUAUCACUCAUGAAUCCUAGUGAAAUUUUGGUCUAAAAGUUAUGCAAAAAAGGUCAAAGUUCAUUGUCAAAUGUAUCUUUGAUGCUGAUUGCAGUACAGAACAAAUAGUUUACAAUGUGCAGGAAAAAUGUAUUUACACAUAUCAUCUGCAGACAAAUGGGCAGCAAUAUCAAGUGAGCUGAAGAGGAAUGAGCCACACAGUUCCCUAAACCUGUUGAGUCACUCAGAUUCGAUCAAUGUAUUGUAUGCAUUAACCUUAACAUGUUUACUCAACGACAAUCUAUCAAUGUUCAUCAAUCAAUUAUCCCUCUAGGCCAGGGGUUCCCAACCUUUUUGAUGCUGUGGAUCAAUACCUUUAAACAGGGGUUCUGCAGACCCCAGUUUGGAACCCAGCUCUAGACUAAGUAUCUGAAGUAAUUUGAGUGGAAAGAGUUGCAAAUAUCCUAAAUUUGUAACAUGCAAAAUGCUUACACUGGUAUACCCCUCCUCCAACUUAUAUUCAUUUGUAUCUAUACAUCAUUGUAAUGUCAAGGUUCAAUUGAACACAGGCCUAGGUGAUGCAAAUUGUCCUUAU